CUGUGACGUCCAAACGACGACAUUCAUCCUAGACGCGACAGUCGGGCACUCGACUCAUCACAACAAGACAGAACACGAAAUCUUUGCAUCGAUUUGUAGGCGCCGACCGAUUGACCCGCACCAUCUACUCUAUUUGUGCAGUUCACGCCUCUGUUAAACGAACCUUGUCCAUACCCGACUCGCAUUACCAACUAUGGAAGAAGAACGUCUCUGGAAGUUCCGUAGGCCGCAAUGGCUCAAUAGCGUGUGGGCAAGGAAUGCGGGAGUUUACACAUCGGGCGCUUUGUUCUCGCUUGCAUUCUACGUUCUCCUCGACGCCGCAGUGUGGUCCAAAUCCCCACUCAACCCAUCCGACACGCACGUCACCUUUGUCGACUGGCUGCCCUUCAUCUUUUCGAGUCUGGGCAUGCUCAUCAUCAACAGCGUGGAGAAGUCUCGCCUGGGUGCCGACUCGUUCAGCUACAGCGGCUCGGGUGUGGCGUGGAAGGCGCGCGUCGUGCUCUUCCUCGGCUUCGCGUGCCUCGCGGGUGGCAUGGCCGGCGGCGUCUGUGUGUUUGUCCUCGGAUACGUCGUGCCGGGCCUGGGAAUGCCGCAGAUGUUUAUGGGCGUUGAGAAUGUGGUUGCAAAUGCCCUUGUUGGGCUGAGCUCGGCCGUACUCUGGAUCAGCCAGAACAUGGAGGAUGAAUACUCGUACAACUUGGCUCUAUGAUCCCCUCGGCACCACAUCGUGAGAGAUUGCGCCGGCCGGAUACCAUGAGUAUGGUCUGUUUGGUUGAUGGACACCCACGCAAUGAUCUUGCGGAGUAGGAAUGUGUUUGUUUGGGUGUUUCGGGCGAGGGUAGCAACACAGGGACGGCCCGUUCGCCUCGGCAAGUCACUUAUAUCUUGUGAUACUUGACGUGUAUUUCUAAGUCAUCGAAUUCUGAGGAGCAUAAGACGCACCUAUUCACAGCUUUACUUCCGUAAACUGAAAGUCUUUUCCAUGCUUUGAUUUUCUGCGAGGUCCUUGGUCGGGCUUGGGGCAACAUCACGAUUAAAAACUCUUCAUGUACUUCAUGUUCGUUGCCCGAUAUUACUCUUACCUCAUUGUGACGAGUAACGGGGUAAUUUAAAGAAGUGAUAUGAAU